UGGCCUUUUUCGUAACUAACUGUGACUCACAGUCAGCUGGAUCGGCCUGAGGUUUGCUGUCAUUUUUGCGGUCCUGUCAGUGGGUGUAAAAAUAAUGCUCUGUUAUCGUCGUCCUUGAUGUGAUUUCCACCUUAAAAUUUGUCCGAGUCGCUUGAUAAGUUUAAAAGAUCAUGUUAGCGCCCGAGAUCGGCUCGACCAAUUCGACAAAUGCAGCGAGCUUCGGAGAACCGAGAAGUGAGAAAUCUCCACUUAUCCAUCAGAGGAGAUUGUUUCACAGUUUCCAGGGUCUCUUUGAGACGCCCAACCAGGGCAACACCCUUGGCACUUUUGCCGGAGUUUUCAGCCCGGUCGCCCUGUCUAUGUUCAGCGCCUUACUCUUUCUUCGAGUUGGGUUCAUCGUUGGAAAUGCAGGAUUAUUGACCACUUUAUUACAGUUCUUGAUUGCUUAUUGCAUUUUGGUCUUCACCGUCGCCUCAGUAUGUGCAGUAUCGACCAAUGGAGCUGUCGAGGGAGGAGGCGCUUACUUCAUGAUCAGUCGAACUCUUGGCCCAGAGUUUGGAGGCUCAAUCGGCACACUGUUCUUUGUGGCUAACAUCGUUAGCAGUGCACUGUACAUCACAGGUUGCAUUGAAGGGGUUGUCGAUAAUUUCAGUGCAGGAGGUUAUUUGGUUGGCGUCGACAGCUCUGGAAUUCCCGAUGGGCGUUGGUGGCGCUUUUUGUACUGCUCCGUCCUCAACUUGAUCAAUUUGGGCGUGUGCCUCAUUGGCGCCGGUCUCUUUGCAAAAACCAGCGUUGCAGUGCUUGGAGUCGUCUGCAUUUGCGUGUUUUCCAGCAUCAUCAGUUUCUUCAUCAAAGGAUCUUUUGAGAUUCCGAUACCGGACGCCAACGAGUUGUUCAAAAACUCUACUGCCAGUUAUACAGGGUUGAAUUCAACAACCUUGUACUCGAAUCUGUGGCCACAAUAUGUUAACGAUUACACGGUCCCAGGCGGGGAAAUGACAAAUUUUGCUGCUGUGUUUGGUGUGCUUUUCUCUGGCGUCACUGGCAUCAUGGCCGGGGCCAACAUGUCAGGGGAGUUGAGAGAACCAGGGAAGAGCAUUCCAAGAGGAACGCUGUCGGCAGUCGCAUUUACUUUCGUCUGCUAUGUGAUAAUCAGCAUUCUGACUGCAGCCACCUGCACACCCAAACUUCUACAGAACGACUACAUUUUUAUGCAGCCCAUAAACUUGUGGCCGCCUUUUGUGGUCAUUGGAGUUCUGAUGGCCACAUUCUCGGCAUCCCUCAGCAAUCUGAUUGGCUCAAGCAGGGUUUUGGAAGCUCUUGCUAAAGACAAUAUUUUUGGUUCUCUGCUCAAUGUUGUUGUGAGGGGAAACUGGGCUAACAAUCCAGUGGUCGCCGUCAUCAUAUCAUGGGUGUCUGUUCAGCUGAUUCUCCUGAUCGGCUCGCUCAACUUGAUUGCCCAGAUCAAUUCAGUCCUUUUCCUGCUCUCUUACCUGGCCUUGAAUCUGGCUUGUUUGGGGCUCGAACUUGCUUCUGCUCCCAAUUUCAGGCCAUCAUUCAAAUAUUUCACAUGGCACACUGCUCUAAUCGGGCUGGUCGGCACAUUGAUCAUGAUGUUCAUCAUUAAUCCAGUCUAUGCUUCAUGCUCACUGGCGCUCUGUCUUUUACUUGUGGUUGUUCUGCACUUGUUUUCGCCAGCUAAGGCUUCCAACUGGGGAUCCAUUUCCCAAGCUUUAAUCUUCCAUCAGGUUAGGAAAUAUUUAUUGCUGCUUGACUCAAGAAAGGCCCAUGUAAAAUUCUGGAGGCCACAAAUGCUUCUGCUUGUUGGAAGCCCUCGCUCAGCAUGUCCACUAAUUGACUUUGUAAAUGACCUGAAGAAGUCAGGACUUUACGUUUUGGGGCACGUCAAAAUCGGCACUCUCGAGGAGUGCGAAAAUGACAUUGCCCUUGAGGAGACGGACUACUGGUUAGCCCUAAUUGAUCACUUGAAAGUUAAAGCCUUUGUCGAGCUUACAAUGGCCCGUUCUGUUCGAGAGGGAAUGCGACACUUGGUGCGUCUGUCGGGGCUCGGAGCAAUGAAACCAAACACCAUUGUCCUUGGAUUUUACGACAGCAGUCAGCCCAGAGACUUCUUGGCAAGUGCUGACUCGUCAUACCAAAGCGAGGCUUUCCGCAAUAUUGCCUCAAACGGCGCACCGCUUUUCACCCUGCGAAAUGAGAAUAAUCGAAUGCUGACACACUCAGAGUAUGUUGGCAUCAUUUGCGACACUCUGAAGCUGCAGAAGAAUGUUGCUCUGUGCAGACAUUUCCACUCAUUGGACAAGUCGAGUCUGUCAAACAGCAACUUCACUUACAUUGACGUCUGGCCGAUCAACUUUUUCAACCCAUCAGAACUGGAUCCCUUUGAUGAGAGCAGUCUUUUUAUGCUGCAAUUAGCCUGCAUUAUCAAUAUGACGCCAAGUUGGAAGAAACUGAAGUUGCGAGUUAUGCUGUGCACUCCCAGAGAUGGCUUGCCAUCAGGAUCUCAAGUGGAGGAGGUUCAGAUUGAGCCAGACAUCAACCAGACGGAGAGGAAAAUGCAGUACUGGCUGCAGCAACUGCGAAUUUCGGCUCAACUACACACUGUUUCUUGGGAGUUCCCUAAUGAGAGCCACGAGGGACCACCUCCACUUCCGACGGUCCAGCACAUGCAAGGGAUCAACCACUUGAUUCGUCAGAAGUCUGAUCACAGUGCUGCUAUUUUCGUCUAUCUUCCCAGUCCUCCGGACGCAGUGCACGGAGAGAGUCCAGUUGCAGAAGCUUAUCUCAACCUGUUGACCGAGCUGACACAAGGGCUGCCGCCAACCAUACUGGUGCGCGGAGUGAGCGCUGUGAUUUCCACCACUCUUUGACGUCCUGAAUGUAGCGUUUUGAGCAUUUCAAGAGUGUAGGACUUGAUUUGAAAUCAAUAAUUAAUAUUUUAUUCAGCCACAACUGCGUGUUGGUUCGGUUGAAUGCGUAUUUUUAUCAAAAUUUUAAGCCGAGACUCUCUGCGAUAAGACUUUGUGUAACAACUGUUUAAAGACCAAUUUAUAUUUUAACAUGUGUUUCCUCUGAAUGUGCACUUUUUGAUGUCCACUUAGCAGGAUUAAAAACAAUUAAUUAUUUCUAAUACAAAUUUUAAAGACUUACUGUCUAAUGUGUUACAAGAAGGAUUUUGCUGAGUGUACUGUAUGUGCUUCGGACUAGGUGUCUAUGUUUUCAUGUCACGUUUAACCAAAACUUUGCGUAAAUUCAAUAAUAUAUUAUAAAUACUUUUCAACUAUUUCCCCACUCACAAAAUAUGUUUACCUGUAUUUUGAAGUAUUGCUUUAUUAUUAUUAUUUUAAUACAUCCUCAUUUUCACCACAGAGCUUCGUUAGUUGAUCCAAAGUUAAUUUCUAGAUAUUAAAUUUAAUUUAUGAAAUAUUUCCAUUUCUGUUUAGGAAUAUUAUAGCAAUAUGUACCACUAGACUCAAUUAAUAAUCUUUCACUGUUCACCGAUAUCUCUUCCAUUUACACUGUGAUGAAAUGGAAUUAAGUUCCAUUUUAUUUUAGAUUGUGCUACACACUCCAAAAUAGCCACUAGGAGGUCUUUAUGUGACACAUGAACCCUGUCGGAACUAAAAUAAAAAAGAUCAUUAUAUUUUCCAAUAAAUUGAAGCUGAUUUAUCAUGCCUGAAUAUCUGAAAUUCAAAAU